CCGGCGACCGGAAAGUCCAAACCAGCCGCCUUGAAGCAAAACUUCCACCCUACCUUCACAAAUUCAAACUCUCUCUACAUCAAUCCAAUCCAAUCCAAUCCCUUCCGAUCUCCAUCCCCUCUUCGAUCGAUCCACCCGCUCUCAUGGCUGGAUUCUUCUCCUACUCCAUAGGCGGCGUCGGCUUCCUCAUCAUCGCCGCCAUCGAAUCCCUCUCCGUUGCCCUCCCCCUUCCCCCCUCCCUCCCCUUCAUCUUCUCCGCUUCGCUCUCAAUCCUCGCCGUCGCUAACUCCAUCCUCACCUCCAUUCUCUCAGCCGAUCCCAUCGGCUAUCCACUCCCUCUCUCCUCCCUCCCCGUCGCCGCUUUCUUCCUCCUCUUCGCACUUUCUUCCCUCUUCUCCCUCUCCAAUCUGUGUCCCCUCCCCAACCCUAUGCUUCAUUUCCUAUCCCUCUCCGCCUUCAUCCAGGAAUUCCUCCUCUUCCGCCUUCGCAACAACAAGGAUCCCGACGGCCUCGAGAAUCGUUACUUCGACCUUUUGCUCGUUCCAAUCUUUAUAUGCGCCGCCGCUUCCUUCCUAGCUAUUGCACGCCCUCGUUCUCCCUUUCCCCGUCUCGCCCGAGCAGCGGGCCUUGCCCUGCAGGGCUCCUGGUUCCUGCAAAUGGCUUUCUCUCUCUUUACUUCUUUAGUUGCUCAUGGAUGUGUCCUUCGCCAUCGCAGCCGUGCUAACUUUAGUGUUGUCUGCCACGGUCAUGCUGACAUCCACCGCAGCAGCGCUAUAGCCACCCUGCAGUUUAAUUGCCAUCUAGCUGGCUUGGUCACUGUGGCUGUUGGGCUUUAUGCGUUCUUGGCGGGGAAAAAUGGCAGCGGCGG